UUGUGUUUUAUUUCCUGCGCUGCAUGCUAGCUUUUACCUGUUGUGUGUGCGAGCUCUACUUCUACAAGGCCGUGUGUAAAAAGUUUGGCUUGCAUGUGGGCCGGCUUCUGCUGGCGUUCCUCGUCCUGAGUGCAGGGAUGUUCUGCUCCUCUGCAGCUUUCCUCCCCAGUACGUUUUGCAUGUACAGUACAGUGGUAGCUAUGACUGGCUGGUUCCAGGGGCGCCCAAGUCUGGCUGUGCUGGGUAUUGCAGCGGGGGCCAUAAUGGGCUGGCCCUUCAGUGCCCUGCUGGGGUAAGAAAUAGUCAAUAUUUU